CGUGAAUUGGCUCUCCUACUUAGACCCGUGCAAACGGGGUAUUCGUGUCCUCGCGGAAAAUAAACAACACUCAGAGUGCAUGUGUGUGCGCGUGUGUAUGUGUGUGUGGAGGGCAAAAAAAGCGAGACAGUAGUAUGCACGCCUUGGUGAACGCCUUCAUGCGCUGCCUGGCCUUCCUCCUGCCUCCCUCUCGGCUUUGUGUCGGCUCCUGCCUGUGGGCUGGGAAUGAGUGCGAAGACACGCUGCUGCCGCGGCCCAAUCCGAGAGCUCGUCUCAAAAGCAGAAAGCCUCUUACAUUUGAGGAAGUAGCAGCAGUGGCAGCAGCAGCGGCGGUGGUGGAGGAGGAGGAGGAGGAGGAAGAAGAGGAAGAGGCACAGCGCGGAGGCUCCAGCCCGUCCGUCUCGCCAGGUCCAGGCUGCGUCUCGCCGGCUGCCACAAGCCCCGCUGUUCCUCAGGGCCCUCCACCGGGUCGGAUCUGGAUCGGGGGUCUCUGGCGAGCCGUGGAGCGCGUCUUCGGAACCCCCUGGGUGCUUCUCCGCCAUUACUGGUGCCCGGAGAAGAAUCGUCGACCGGCUUUACGCACCGCGCAUCCUGCCUGCGCCUUCGACUCGAGCCCAAGAAGAAGCGUCCAGGCAGGCGCUGCUGCUGCUGCCGCUGCCCCUACCGCCGAGGGAGGAGAGCAGGGAGCGGGCGGGAGCAGCCCGGCUCACUCGGGGACCAUGAGCGGGUCUGUGGACGUCCCCGGUGCGAACCCGGCGGCGUGCGCCUGGGAUGCGUCAGAGGAGCGCGGCUUCGAUGAGGUAAUCACCGUGGAUCAGCACAUGCAGGAGAUGGGGACGGUGACGAUCACGGUGGCCAUUCAGGCGGCGGAGGACGAGGAGCCCGAGGUGUCGUCCAGCAUCCUCGACUUCCUCGGGGGAAGCUGCAGCGAGGACGAAAUCGGAAGAAAUGACAAGUCCAGCGGGGCUGGUACCAGUGGAGGGGAGCUGGAGGAGGACAGCUGGCAGCCCCCAGAUCCAGAGCUCAUCCAGAAGCUGGUCACUCAGAUUGAGUACUACCUGUCCGACGAGAACCUGGAGCACGAUGCCUUCCUGCUCAAACACGUCCGACGUAACAAACUGGGAUUUGUCAGCGUCAAGUUGCUCACAUCAUUCAAAAAGGUGAAACACUUGACUCGUGACUGGAGAACAACUGCUUAUGCUCUGAGACACUCAAAGAUACUUGAGCUGAAUGAGGAGGGCCGUAAGGUGCGGCGUCAGUCCGCAGUGCCGGUCUUUGCCAGCGAGUCGCUCCCUAGCCGCAUGCUGCUGUUAAGUGAUUUGCAGCAGUGGCCAGAGCUGGCUACUCUCACGAAGGAUAACGGAGGGAACGAGGGAGGAGCGACCCAGCAGGAGCAGCUGAUGAAGCUGUUGCUGAAGGCUUUUGGGACAUACGGCGCCAUUGCUUCUGUCAGAGUCCUUAAGCCUGGGAAGGACCUGCCGGCUGACCUGAAGAGGCUGAGCGGCCGCUACGCUCAGCUGGGCUCUGAGGAGUGUGCCAUCGUGGAGUUUGAGGAGGUGGAGGCUGCUGUUAAAGCCAAUGAAGCUGUGGGGAGCGACGAUGAUGGGGCCAAUUUGCUAGGGUUGAAAGUGGUCCUGAUUGGCACCAAGCCGCCCAAGAAGAAGGUGCCCAAAGAACGACCACGUGAGGAGGGAGGGAUGCGCAAGAGUCGCUCGCUCAACAGCAGAAUACGGGAGCUUCAGUACCACGGGGACGACUCCGCCUGCAGCUCUUCAGAUACUGAGAGCAACCCCACAUCCCCAAGGCUUGCCAGGAAGUCCCAGUCCUGCAACAAGCUCAGCCCGACCACUGCCAGCAUCAUCAUCCAGAACAAUCACCUGAGUCCUGGAAUCUCCCCGCGUAACAGUCCGUGGUCCAGCCCCCGCGGCAGCCCCUGUCCCCAGCGCAAAUCCCCACACUCCCACAAGUCUCCCCUGGCCAGUGAGGGCAGACUGAGCCCUGAACCCGGGCGUCGCUGGGCAGACUACUCCUCAGACAGUAGCCUCACCCCUUCAGGGAGCCCAUGGGUUCAGCGGCGCAAGCAGGUGGCAUCUCAGGAGAGCAGCCCGGUCGGAAGCCCGAUGCUGGGCCGAAAGAUGCAGAACGCUGACGGCCUACCACCAGGCGUAAUGAGGCUGCCCAGGGGUCCCGAUGGAACCCGCGGCUUUCACUGUGUCGCUAUUGGCGAGAAGGGAAAGACUGCUGCUACUCAGACUUGAUGGGGAGAGUCCUUAUGCAUCCCCCCCCCCCCCCCCCCCUGCCCCCGGAAAACAACAUGAGAGAUUGGAAAUUCAAGCUGUUCUUAGCCACGUCGCUCAGCCCCCACCCCACAUUUGAGACUGUGUAGAUAUACUUUUGUUGAGUGCAUCAGUUUUCAGUAUUUGUUAUAUUUUUAUACGACGUUUUGAGUUACCAUGGUAACAUUAGUGGUUUACUAAUGGAAAUUUGAGUGAAUGUAAAUUGAUAUUGCUUUGAGAGAACACUUUGCAAACACCACGCUCCAUUGCUGUCAAACGUGAUUUAAAUGGGGUGGGAUUGAGAAGGAUUUUUUUUUUUUUGUGUGUCCCGUCAUGUGUGUAAAAGCUCCCACCAUUGGUGUGUCUAUGGAUGGUGUAUACAUGUGUACGUGCUGUAAGUGUCAUAGGGGCAUUGACCUGAUAGAGAUAUCACCAUAUGCCUUUUUCUGUAUUCGUCUACUGAGAGUUCCAUUUUUACAUGCUAUUUAAACUGAGACCAUAAUCACCCCACUGCCAUAAAGGUUGGAGAGGUAAAAGUGGACAUGAUAUUAUUUUUGUAGGUUUUAUUUAGCCUUUUUUAAUUUCUGUAUUUCAGUACGCUUUGGCACUUAGUUCGGAAGGAAGGGUCUCUUCUUGCCCCGUAAAUGUUAAUUUUUUUUGGCUGGCAGAUGCUUUAUUUAUUUUUUUAGCUUUAUUUGUAUUAUCAUUGUUUUCUGUGCAUAUCUGUUUCCAUUGGUCUAAGCUCACAGUGUGGUUUGAGGGAUGUUCGGGUCAGGCAGAACAGAGCAGAUGCUGACAUGUUCUUGCCUUCACAUCUGAGCUGGGGUAUUUGUACAAUGCAAUUCCUAUUGUACAAAUAAAUCACUAAAAUGCA